ACACACACACACACACACACACACACACACACACACACACACACACACACACACACACAAUACAUAUACAUACUUAUUAUGCAAAAGUUCAUUUAAAUUAUAAUUUUUUUUCCGAUAUUGUUUUUAACACUGAAUUUGUCUUGGAUGAAUCUCUAUUACCAUCUUUAUUACCUCAAGGAAAGUUUAAUAGAUUUUAUAGAUUUGCCAAGAAUCUAUUUUGUAAUUGCCUUUAAAACAGCAAAGCAACGCUUGAUGAAGUAAUUCAAAGGUCCAAAACUCUGGCUCAUGACAAGAUUUGACAAUAUCAUUAAAAAUAUAUAUUUUAGGAAAUAACGUGUUUUUUUUUUUUUUGUUUUUUUUGUUUUUUUUGAGAUUUGAGUUUUUAAGGUAUUGAGUCAAGAAGCGUUAUUCAUGGCCUUAAAAUGACAUUGAAGUGACUCUACAAAAACUUACAGACUGACUGGACAAACUAAAACUCUUUUCAUCAAAGCCCUGUGAUAUCCGCUUGUAUGUGGUUAAAAUGUGUGAAAGUAGUGACUGGCUGCAAUCACAAAUCAAUGGAAAGCACCUGCUGGUGAAAAGGAAGGACUUGGAUUAUGAUGAUAUGCAUCCAUGGAUGUAUAUGGUAUUUUGCAGUAUCAUAUGCUUUAGAUUUUUUUUAUCCCUCAUACCCAUUCUAGAAUAAUUCUCUGUGUUUGCCUUCAUGGACGAAAGUGCUUCCCUGACUGCAGCAGUGAGAAAAUCCCAUUGUUUUGGAUCGCUGAUGUCCAUCAUAAUCUUCCUGGCCUCAGUUCGGCACUGCUUGCUUUAGACAACAGGUCAAUGAUAGCAGGUUGGGGAGCUCAUAGUGGAUGGUAUGCUCAGCUGGUUAGACCACCCACUGAAGCUCACCUACCCUGCUAGGUGCUGUUCCUAUUCUAUGAUGUGUCCCAUCAGGAUGUUCUUAAUGAUCGAAAGUCCUUAGCACCUGACAGGGGACAUUCUUUAAUGGUCCAAGGUGGUAAAUACACUCCUUGGCCUUCUUCACCAGUGCCUUUUUUUAAUCUCUUUUCAGGAUGUCGAGCCCAGCUGUACAACGUUUGGUGAGUCGUCUGAUCUCAAUGAGCAGGCAGAGGGAUGGGUGUGUGCUUCAACCGAAAAUUGGGACCCAGAACAAAACUCUUGACCUUCUCAGCUCCAUGGGUGUGGCAUCGACCGCAGCUUCCUAAAAAGCUACAGAACAAGCAACUUACUGUGUUAAUGUUUGUGUGAUAAAUAUUUAGUUAACUUUGUAGACAGUUAUAAUUUACUCCCUCUACUCAGUCUCCCUCUAAAACAUCUCUGUUUCUUUUAACUUUGCUUCAUUUGCUGCAUCUUGCAUUUUUUUGUAUUAUUAAAUUUAAGAUUGGAAAAAGUGAUGUUGAUGAUGAUGAUGAUGAUGAUGAUGAUAGAACAACUGUUUAUAGCCACUAUAAAUAUAUUUUUUUAAGUAUGACUUCAUUCUUUAAUAAAUUCAACUUGCAUGUCUUCUAGUGUUUUUUGUUUUUUCAAGUGUCAUAUUGUUAAGGAGGGAUGUUAUGUAAAAUGGAGAAAACAGAGAAAAUACUUUAUCUCCUUGAUGUCCUUAUUAAUAUUUAUCACAGUCUGAGUAAAAGAAAUAUAUUAAACAUACAUAUCAUGUUAAUAAUUAUGCAUUAUCCAAUAUUCAUAUUAUCCUCAUACAUGAAAUGUAUACUGUAGUUAAUUGUAUUAACUGUUCAAAACAGAAACAACUUUCUUGUGGUUGUUCUGACACAGAAACUGCAAUUAGGCAGAAAUGUGUUUUUUUUUUUUGUGUGUGUGUGUGUGUGUGUGUGUGUGUGUGUGUGUGUGUGUGUGUGUGUGUGUGUGUGUGUGUGUGUGUGUGUGUGUGUGUGUCUGUAAAAUGCUGUAUGUGAGGUUGCACUUCAUCACAAUGUAAAAAAAACUCUAGCCUUGCUUGACAUUUCCAGGUUCCUCAAUCUCUUUGGUCAUUGUAGGUAAGAUUUCUUUGGACAAUGGAGAUGCAGCAGAGACUCUCCAGGUCACAGAAUGUGUAUGAACAAACAAUUCCAGAGGAACAAACCCAAACUGAGGAAAUAUACCGGACACCGCAGCUCCCACAAAAAAAAUCUGCAAGAAAUGCUCCGGGGAAGAAGAGAAUGGUGCUACUUAUCAUGAACAUUUUACUGACCAUCGUCCUUUUGGUUACGGUGAUACACUACCACCACUUUAGACAAAGAUGGCAAGCAGUGUUGAACAACCAGAAGACUAACCAAGAGAUGUGGUAUCUUCAUGGCAAAGUGUUUUAUUUGUUCCGGAGUGAUCAGGGUGACUGUGAAACAGCUACAUUGUUUUGUGCCCUCAGGAAGGCCAAACUUACAACUGUAACAAAGUCCAACAGGGACUGGCUGCAUUCACAGAUCAAUGGAAAGUACAUGCUAGUGCAAAUGAGCCAGCCACAAAGUUCCGGAGAUGGUUUCGAUUUUGAUACGGUAUUUAUGGUCGAUGACGAGUCUGACUGCGAGAUCUUCGGUGCGACCUCUCAACUCAUUGAGGAGGUGGAACGGGUGGAGGGAUGGGUGUGUGAAAGGGCAGCACAGGGGUUAAAAUAUUAAAGCUUUUUGAGCACUUAAAGGUUCUCCACAUUGCGCCCAUUGUAAAUGCGCCAACAGAGUGAAAUAAAAACAGAUAAAUAAAGAAAAAUAUGUUCAAAUAAUGUGAGUAAAUGAGUGAGUAAGAAAUCAAUGGAGCCUAACAAAUUAUUUAUUGAUAUGUGUUUCAUACUUUUGCUGCACAGAAUAUAAGUAACAUUUACAAAAUAAAAACAAAGAUGCAACGAUUCGAAUUUCAUCAUCAUCAAAAAAAAUAUAUAAAAAUGGUCUUGUCAGUUUUCUAAAUAACAUUUGGUUGCAUUCCUACUGAUACACUGUUGUGCAGCAUUAAAGGCAAUCACAGUGUAACCAAAAUUAACAAUCACAAACAAAAGCUAAUAGUUAUUAAUGAGGGUUAGAACUAGCAAUACAUAUAUUCACAUACAUACAAAUGUAAUAUAUAUACACACAAAUUCCAAAUUCACAUAUAUUUUCAUAUUUUGUAUAGUUUAUACUUUUUAUUUAUAUAUCUACUUUUGGUUUUAUUUUUAA